AUGGUCCAAUCUCAUCAGACUCCAGAAGGCACACAGGGGAGAAGCCCCAUGUCUACAGGGAGUGUGGGCAGUGUUUCAGUCAGAAGUCCCAUCUCAUCAGACAACAGAAGAAAAACGGGAGAAGGCCUAUGUUUGUGGAGAGUGGGGAAAGUUGCAGUCAGAAGUCAGUGGUCAUUACACACCAGAGGACACACACAGGGGAGAAGCCCUAUGUUUGUGGAGUGUGAUCAAAGUUUCAGUGAGAAGUCAGUUGUCAUCUCACACCAGAGGACACACACUGGGGAGAAACCUUAUGUGUGUAGGGAGUGA